AUGAAGGAGAUGAUGAUCACAGCCUUGAAGCUAUCAGAUGAACCAACUUCAGAACUCUUUAUGAUUGUUCUUCAUUUUAGCGACAACGUGGUUGCGCUUGGGUUGACUGGGAUUCUGACAUGGGUGAGUGUUCAAGUUCUCUGGCAGCUGUUGUUCAUCUCCUUCGCCAUUCUUGUUGCUGUAAUUAAGUAUUCUUUCAUUGCUGCUUUCACCUUCAUACUUGCCAUCAUUUGCAGGAUGGAAAAUAUAGAUGUAAAAACUAGAACAACCCAAGCUAAAAUUGUGGGAAGCAUAAUAUCAAUAGGAGGUGCAUUUAUAGUGACAUUCUACAAAGGACCAUCCAUCAUUAUUGCUGAUGAUUCCCCUUCUCUCCAUCUUGUUGAACGAUUAAAUGGAAACUUUGAAUCAGUGGAUACAAAUUGGGUCAUUGGUGGCUUUCUUCUCACAGCUGGCAAUAUCCUACUCACACUCUGGUUCAUUCUACAGACCCCUGAGCUAUUGGCCAAGCUUGUGGAUGUGGUUUGUAGUUCAGGAGGUUUGAACCGGAAUUUUCAAUCUUCAGCAUUGCCAGAUUGCUCAAGUUCAAUGCCUCUUAGUGCCUUAUCAUUCGUGCCCGUGAUUGUACCUGAGGCAGUUUUGGUUGCAUCUCCAUCCUUCGUAGUAGCUGAUCUAAAUCGCAAUUGUGGAGGAGAAAUAGGUGAUACUCGACCCUUCGGUGAGCUUGCGAUUGCGAUGACUGGUACUCCUAUUAUGGUCCCAGAUUUUAGAGAGGGUGGAGUACCAGAUGGUGUCGAGGAUGUACUACGGGAUGCUGAUGCUGAUGACUAG